GGGUCAGGUGCGUAUGUAUCCGCUGGGCGCGCGCCGCUGGGCCGUCCGUGGUUGUCCGUGGUGGUGCGGUGAUCCGACCGAGUCGUGUCGUGUGUGCGCCAGAUCCAUCGAUUUAACGGGAACACAAAAUAAGAUGCAACGUCGUCCCGCCGUACGUCGCGCGUCCGGCCGUGACGAAGAGCUGACGGCACCGUGCGCGAUCGCGAGCAGGAUCGCCGGACGUUAAAGACCGUUAUGGGAAGAUGGUGAGGCAGCUCGGUCACCACGGCCACUGGGAGCAUGGGUUCGCAAACGCUGGAGAUCCUGAGGCAGGGCGUCUGGGCGAGCCUGACGGGCGGCUGGUUUUACGAUCCGCAUCUCGACGUCUUCUCCAACACAUUCCACCUCUACGUCUGGCUGUUUCUGCUUUGCCUGCCGUUCACGAUCUACCUGUAUUUUCCUCCUACACUAUACGUCUGGCUGGCGUACUGCUCGUCGUUCGUCGCCGUUUUUGGGACGAUAAAGUGCAUGAAUCAUGCUCUGCACUGCGUUUACGACACCACGGAAUGUUUGGAGGAGCCCAACCAGACCAUCGGGCAGCAAAAGUCGGAGGACGAGAGGAAAUGGCCGGGCCAUAACAAAUCUAGGGAGCAGUCGCAGGAUCAGACCGGCCACGGCAUAGAGCUGCAAGUUUUGAACGGUAAAACGGACACCCCACCUGUAGAAUGUUCAUCGCGUAACUCGUUCAUCGAACCAAAUAUACAGAAUUCCGACGCAGAUAGUAUAACGUCCGAGUAUACCCGGGAUAAAGCUAGCUCGACCAUAGAUUUAAAGGUAGAGAUACACAGGAAGAACAGUUCGGAGAGCUCGGAGGAGGCGCAGCAGCUCAGUAAGCCGAUGAUAACCAGCAUUAACGUGCACGAGGCUGAACUAGUUUCCGCGCAGUAUCACGAGCCACGUUCCAAGAACAUUAUAAAUGAAUGGAAAUUGAAGCGGCAAAAGUGCGUGGUGAUAGCGGAGGAGGACCGGCCGGGUUCGCGUAAAUUGUGCCGGCACUUGUCCGAGGAGUCCAGAAAUCGACACUCGAAGCAGAGCGGCCUCGGUAAGACGGGAUCGGAGAGCCAGAUCAAGCAGACGAGCUCGUUGGAAUUGACGAAUCAUCGGCACAUCGGCGACGAUUAUCCGUACUGGAUGUACAAUCGGAGCGUCCGCAGGCUCAACUCCAAUUCCAUACCGAAGGCCCGCCUGACGAACGACCAUCCGCAGAGCUUGGAGAUCAUAUCGAAGAAGGGUGACGCGGACAACAACAAGAUCUCGUCUCAUCCGCAGUCGUUAGAGGUUAUCACCAAGAAACCGCACCAACAACUGGUACACCCCCAAAGUCUCGAGACAAUUGGUGCCACCAGUAAAAAUAUAAGUAGCACCGACGACAAUAACCUGCCUCUUCAUCCCCAGAGUCUCGAGACAAUUAACACAAAAAAGGUCUUACCGCAAAACACACUGAAGAGAAACCAACUACAGCUCUUACCGUAUCUUAGUUUCGGAUCCGAGAUAGUUUACCCGAUAGCCGAGCAGAGCGACGAGCAGUUUGCCAACGAGAGUUCGGAAGAGUUCAGUCUGUGCGACUCCUACAGUCCGUUGCUGACGCGGAAAAACAUGAGUGACUCGGGCGCCACGUCUAAUCGAGACAGAAGUCUCAGCGCUGGCAGGUUUGAAGAUAGAUUUUCGAGGUUUAACGAUGACAAUGGAAUAGAUAGCAACUCGGCGAAUUCUCGAGACGCCUUAUUAGAAGAGUCCAAGUCCAGAGGGGUGAAAAGGAGAUACAGCAAUGCCAAUCAGAGCGGCCACGAGUUUUCGGAUGGCGAGAAGUGCAAGGAGAAACGACGGGACAAAUCCAAAAAUAUGGAAGAUCCGCUUAACACGGGGAGCAUAGUCGGAAUAGACUGGUUGUUCGAGAGCGGGGAUUGCUCGGUGGAGCCGUGGACGAGUAAGAUAUAUUGGACUUUCACUCGCUCUGAUGAUACGGAUACGUCAGAGAGCCUACAGACGGCUAGUACAGAUUAUCUUCAGUCUAAGGAGCCCGACUCGGGAUCGUCCAGUACAACGACCCUCAGCAUCGAGAACGAGGUGAAGCGGAAUUUGUUGCCGCAACUGGAGGUGGACAACACCGUCAAGCGUCACCAGGGGGCGAUCCCCAAGCAGAGCCGUCCAAAGCCCACUGCGCCGGACGCCACGGACGACAGUAUCGUGUCGAGCGUCGAGCAGCCGCGGGAAAAUCUUAAGCGUUACAUCGAAGUCCGACGGGAGAGGACCAGGAGGCGAGACGCCAAGUUCGAGCAGACUGGCGGCUCGAACAACGAGCUGAGCACGUUGCUGCCGAGCCCGGCGUCUCCGCUGCUGGCUGCGUUGCUGAACAAUUCCGGUCGGGAUCUGCCCGGUCAGUCGAGCGCCGCGUCGUCCGACCUGCGACUCAGCCGCAACACCGAGAAGCGGAACUUCCGGACCCGAUACGGACGGCUGAAGCGGCCCAACCGAGCUCACCGCGCCAGGUCGCGCAAUAUCGCCAGUCGCGACGACUACGUCGUGCCACUGACCGCGCUGUUCGGUUUGAUCUCGAGUGGCGAGUGCCACCUGGCCACCAAUCAGAACGACACCUCGGAGGGAGCGGUGCAUUACUUCCGUGACGACAACGGCCACUGGCUGGCUUACACGUUUGACGAGAAAGGCCUGGACGUAGCUGCCGCCGCCGCCGCUGCCGCUGCCGCGGCGACGGCGACGCAGGUACCCAGCAAUCCGCACAACGAGAAGCUGCUCAACACCCUGCUGCGCCAGCAGCUCAACCAGAAUAUGCACUACGAGGCGAAUUGGGAGCUCGCGGAUUCGCUGAGCAACAGUUACAGCAGCUUGUCGCUCAACUCCGCCGGGCUGACGGUGAUAAUCGACACGCCGCCGGUGCUGUCGAGCCCGGCGAGCAAUCAGACCAAGACGCAGAGCUCGCCGCCGUCGAACCUGGUCUCGUCGAACACAGGCAGCUCGAAUCAGUGCACCCUCGGCGAGAAUUCGGAGCGCGAGCAAUUCCAUCACACGCUGAUCGCGCGCUCGGACUCGAUGGCCGACAGAAACCGCAGGCUGCAGAAUCUGCUGGGCAAUCUGAACCUGAAUCAGUACCAGUCUGAUCUCAACGGCCGCAUGCCGGUGCUGACGUUGCCCGCGCAUCAGGAACCCGACAUAAACACCAGCCUGUCGUGGAACCGCUUUGUCGACGGCCUGGACGGCUCCGAUUCCAAGCCCAAGCAGACCAGGCACUAUUACAAGUGGAAGAUCGGCCGACUGCCGCAUGUUAAAAUACGCUUCGACCGUCUCGCCCUGCUGGCCUUGCUCGAUCGCAACCUGACCGUGUUCGAGACCAUCGUUUCUACGUUUCUGGCGGGCGCGGUUGCCGGGCUGGGUCUCCUGUUGCUCCAGCAAGGCUUCUACCGGGACAUCUUCGCGUUCAUAUUCUGCUUCGUGACGGCCGGCUGCCAGUACUCGCUGCUCAAAUCGGUUCAGCCCGACGCCGCGUCGCCCACGCACGGCUUCAAUCGUAUCAUAGUGUUCUCCAGGCCCGCGUACUACAUCCUGUGCUCGAGCCUGAUUCUGAUCUUCAACGAGAUCCUCAGGAACUUCAAAUCGUCGGACUUUCGGGUAUAUGGGUUGCGCGUCGCGGACUACGAUCUCAUACUGCAAGUGCGAAACGUCCUAUUGAUAUUCCUGCUGUGCUUUCCGAUCGUGUUCUCGCUGGGACUCUUCCCGCAGAUCAACACAUUCCUCAUGUACGUCUGCGAGCACCUGGACAUUCAUCUGUUCGGCGGCAACGCGACCACCAGUCUAGUGUCGUCGGUGUAUUGCCUGUGUCGCAGCGUCGUUGCGGUUCUCAUCCUCUACGGAUUCGCCUACGGCGCCCUUCUCGAGCCCAAGUCCUCGCAGCACAUCCUGUUCUCCAUAUUCGUUGGUCUCCUCGUCGCAAUAUCCUACCACUUGAGCCGCUCGUCUUCGGACCCCAGCGUGAUAUGGGACAUCGUCAAGGCGAAUCUGUGGCCGCCCGAGAUCGGGGCCGACAGAUACACGGAGGAAAAGGAGGCGAAGAUCAUCGAGAACACGCUGUCGUCGCAGCCGGACAACGUGGCCGCGAGCUACAAGGAGACAAAGAGCAAAACCUGCGGUAGGAAGAAAGACGUGAAAAUCAAGGUGGGCGAGCAGAUGUCGGAUACCGAGCUGGUGGAUCCCCUGCCGGAGAAGCUACGCUCGACGGUGAAUGCCAGGCUGAAGAACGACCUGAUCGUGUGCGCGGUGAUUGGCACGCUGUCCUUCGGGAUUCACCGCACGACGGUAUUCACCGCCCUGCAGCCGGAGCUCAACCCGGUACUCUGGAGCAUCGUGAGCUGCCUGGGCUUCCUUCUGCACUACAUCGUGCCGCAGCUGCGCAAGCAGCUGCCGUGGCUGUGCCUCUCGAGGCCGGUGCUGCGCAGCCACGAGCACGCGCAGUUCGAGGUGCGCGAGCCGGUGAGGAUCAUGUGGUUCGAGAAGGCCUACGUGUACCUGUGCUUCCUCGAGCGGAACGUGCUCUACCCGGUCGUCUUCCUGGGCGCGCUCACCGAGUGCUCGUCCAAGAUCGCCGGCAAGUUCGGCGAGAGCGUAGGCGCCCUCAUCGUCGUCGUGUGCGGCCUCAAGUCGCUCAGGUCGGCGUACUCGGACCCGUCCACCCGCUACCUCGUCCUCGUCUUCGCGGUGCUCUUCUUCCAGCUCGACUUCGGCGACCUGAGCGAGACCUUCCUGAUGGACUACUUCGUCACGGGGAUCGCGUUUGCCAAGAUCUACGAGCUGCUGCUCAAGGUUCGCUUCGUCGUCACGUACAUCGCGCCCUGGCAGAUCACCUGGGGCAGCGCGUUCCACGCGUUCGCCCAGCCCUUUUCCGUACCGCACUCGGCGAUGCUGUUCCUCCAGGCCGGCAUCUCCGCGAUGCUCAGCACGCCCCUGAACCCGCUGCUCGGCAGCGCGAUCUUCAUCUCGUCCUACGUGCGGCCCGUUAAGUUCUGGGAGAGGGACUACAAGACCAGAAGGGUGGACCACUCCAACACGCGUAUGUCCUCGCAUCUGGAGCGCAAUCUCGGCGCCGACGAUAACAAUCUCAACUCUAUAUUCUACGAGCAGCUCACGCGCUCCCUUCAGCACAGCCUGUGCGGUGACCUCGCGCUCGGCCGAUGGGGAAACGUCGAGCAGGGCGACUGCUUUCUGCUCGCGUCCGAUUACCUCAACUGCCUGGUGCACAUAGUCCAAUUAGGUAACGGACUGGUGACGUUCCAGUUGAGAGGUCUCGAAUUUCGAGGGACGUAUUGUCAGCAGAGAGAGGUGGAAGCAAUCUCGGAAGGCAUCGAAGACAACGACAAUUGCUGUUGCUGCGAAAUGGGUCACCUGUCGAACGUGCUUAGCGUAAACGCGGCGUUCAGCCAACGCUGGCUCGCCUGGGAGGUCGCGAGCGCGAAAUACGUGCUCGAGGGCUACUCGAUCUCCGACAACUCGGCGGGCUCUAUGCUGCAGGUGUUUGAGUUUCGCAAGGUACUGGUUACUUACUACGUCAAGAGCAUCGUCUUCUACGCCGUCAAGUCGACUAAGCUGAAGCAGUGGCUGGAGAACCCGGACAUCAUUGAGGCGCUGAAGCCAACGCUCGACAAGAACUUCGUCGAUCUCGAUCCCGUCUUCAACGUCAAGAUCGACGAGGACUUUGAUUUCCGUGCGAGCGGCAUCACGCGGGGCAACUUCUGCAAUGUUUAUCUCGACUGGAUACAAUAUUGCGCCGGUAAACAAGAUAAGUCGUUGGACAGAACGCGCGAUUCGUAUCUUGUGUCUCUGUGCCUCUCGUUGAGUCUGCUGGGAAGACGCGUGUUAGGCGCUGCAUCUCACAACACAUUGUCGAACGUUGAAUUCUUUCUUUAUGGACUGCACGCGUUAUUUAAAGGAGACUUCCGGAUAACAUCAGUUCGCGACGAAUGGGUGCUGCACGAUGUCGAUCUGCUGCGCAGCGUAGUCGCGAAAGGGAUAAGAAUGGCCUUAAAACUGCAUCAGGACCAUUUUAUGAGUCCAGAGCAGUACGUUGAAUCGGCGGCACUUUUCGAGGCCAUCGACAAUCACGAUCAGAACCUCGUCAUCAGUCAUGAGGCGGAUCCUCUUUGGAGAAAUGCCGUGCUGAGCGGUGCACCCAGUCUACUGGCGCUCAGACACGUACUUGACGACGGCAUAGACGAGUACAAGGUGAUAAUGCUCAACAAACGUUUCCUGAGCUUCCGAGUGAUCAAAAUGAAUCGCGAGUGCGUCCGCGGACUCUGGGCCGGCCAGCAGCAGGAGCUGGUGUAUCUGAGGAACAGAAAUCCGGAGCGCGGCUCAAUACAGAACGCCAAGCAGGCUCUCAGGAACAUAAUCAACAGUUCUUGCGACCAGCCGAUCGGAUAUCCGAUUUACGUCUCCCCUUUGACGACCAGCUACGCCGAAACUAACGAACACUUGUGCUCGAUAAUCGGGGGACCGUUAACUUUUGGCACCAUAAAGAGUACUGUGUUGAAAUUAUGGAGAAGGAUAAGAAGAAGAUGCGGUCAAGGUUGUUCUUCGGGUGGCACAGGCUCCCAAGACGACGGAGGCUUCGGAAAUGACGGAGUAUAUGCGAUGACCACGUACAACAUACACUCUGGAUAUGCUCAAUCGGGUCACAACACUUCCGGUUCUCAAUCGAUGGAGUCUGGCUGUCAAAUCGGCGGUUCGACUGGUCGGGGUUCCCUCGGUCGUGCGAAUACGGGUUCUCUCGGUGGUAACAGGGGCUCACUAGCUUCCGUCGGGAAGCCAACCAGCUCGACACUUGCCAGUUUAGCCGGACUGCUCAGUAGUAACGACAUCAAAAUGGAAACGAAAAGCGAAACGAGCUUCUCCAGCAAGCUAGAGAAAGAGGAAGUUUUUCAAAGGGUUCGCAUCAUGGACCCUAAUCAAGUGUAUGACGCCAUCAAUUUGGGCCGACGUAUAGACGUGAUUUGGCCUGACGAGAGGAUGCGACAGCAAGGCGGUCGUUCCGGCUGGCAACACUGGGUGCCGGAAAGAGGUAUGGAGGGUUGCGUGGUUCAUCGUUGGUCACCGAAUCACCGCGACCCCAAUAGACGCUCGCACGUCGACAAGGUCAUCCUGCUCGUGAAGAUCGAGGACAAGUACGUGCCGAUAGCUGAGCAGGGUGUACGGGACUUGGGGGCGGAGGUUUAGCACAAUGUCUCGGAAACAGACAACGCGAUAACGCACGGCCGACGUUUUUGUACGCUUUUCCUACCGAUCUGCAGACCGAGCGGGGCGGCUCGGCUCUCGCUCGAGACCGCCUGGUGCGCAACGAGACGCGAAAGCGUAGAAAUUAAUCCCUAAACGCGAACAAUUGGUAUCGCAUUGACGAUACCGAACGCUAGUUACCUACCUACUUCCACGAAGUCAAUACUCGCCAUUAGAUCGUAAAUCGAAGGACUCGGAUCAACGACACGCUCAAUCACGUGAGAUCCUUAACUUAUCUCGAUUGACAAGAUUCAUUGUGAUUACAGCCGCAGCCUUUUAACGUCCUCUUCUCUCCUUUCUUUUUUUCCAGGAUAGUCCGGGGAGUCUGCGAUAUUUUUCACUCGCUUCACUAUAGGAUCGAAACUCCCUCCGUGUUUUAGCAUGUUAUCAUCGUACACCCCUCCAAUUGCGUCUACAUUCUUUCGUUGAUAUUGUACUUAAGAAUAAGAAGUUUCGCAGAUUCAAUGAUACUCUUCGUCGAAUUUAACGUACCGCUGUUUCCACCUUGAUCGUCGUUGAAACGCUAAAGUUUCGCUCAUCGGACAUUGCGAUGCGAAAAAUAGAUAUGUUGAAGAAUUGUAGAUUGUAUAGAGAGAGAAAGAGAGAUGGGAGACAAAGACAGAUAUAUACACACACAUACACACAGGGUGUC